UGGUAUUUCUGCAAGGUGCCACCCUUUUCCACACCUCCUACCUCCUCCUUAAGUGACUCAGCCUCUGAAGGAGAAAUCUCUUGACUUUUCAGACGCCUGGAUGGGGAACAACAGUUCAGCUCUCUGUCUGCUUUGAUUGUACCUCACUUCCAGGUAUCUCCAGGUUGACUUACCACACUGAGCCACGCUAGGACACUAACUUCUACCAUACCUAGAUUCCCACAGAAGGACACCCCAUUGCACAAAAUGUCAGCUUUCGGCAUACGAAAACAAUCUCCUAAUCAAAGCGAUAAUAAGAGCCCCUCUGUUGCAAUUAAAAGCAGACAACAGGCUACUCAUGAUAUUAAUAAACGACGGACCCUUUUGCAAGAUAACAGCUGGAUAAAGAAGAAGCCUGAAGAGGAAAGUGCUGAUGAAAACUAUGGAAGGGCUGUGCUUAAUCAAUACAAAUCCCAAGAUAGCCUACACAGUAGUAGCACAAAUGAAAAGGAAGAGCAGAAAGCUGUACUUGGACGAUACAGAUCUGAUACUACCUUGGACAGAAUUCCAGACAGAAGUGAUACUGAUAAAAUAAAUAAGUCUCCAACUCUGAAUAAUAAGCAAAGCAACAGACAAUCUUGGACUCCUAAUGCACCAUCCACAAACACUGCUGUGACUUCUCCAAUCAAGAAAAAAAGGCAAUCUUGGAUGCCUCCCCCAGUUUCGAGCAGCAAGACCACGACAGAAACAGUGGAAACCAAACGGACCACUUCAGAAAAUUCAGAGGCUCCAAUGACGGCUGCCUUUUCAUCAGAACAGGUGUCCCCUGAGAAAUCAAAGACUGAUGUGGACAACCAAGCUACAUCAAGGAACCAAGAUCUCGAUAAGCUCAUCAAAGUGAAUCCAGGCUCUUUCACAAGUGACAAGGAGGGAAAAGACCCUGAGGAUUUUACUGAAAUAAAUACUGCUGGUCAGAAAAAUAAGAGAGAUGAUAAACUUGGUGAUCAUAUUGAAGUAAAGUCUACUGAUGACCAAAGUAAAAAGUGGAUAACUGAGCAAGCAUGUGAAAAUCCUCCAAGGGCUCCAAAUAAUCUCCCAGAAACAAAGUACUCCAGUGACAGUGAAAGAAAGACCAGCAAAUCAUCAUAUGGUGCCUAUGAAGAAAAUAUAACUGGAAAUACUAUCAAAACGGUUUACUCUACUUCUGAUCGGAGUAUAAUUGGAAAAGAUAUAUGUACAUACUGCAGGAAGCCCUUGGGUAUAGAUGCCAAAAUGAUCUUAGAUGCCUUGCAAAUUUGCUGUCAUUCGACUUGCUUCAAGUGUGAAGUAUGUAAAAGACCACUGGAAGAUCUGAAAGCAGGAGACAGCAUUUGGAUUUACAGACAAACUGUGCAUUGUGAGCCCUGCUAUUCCAAAGUUAAAGAAAAAUGGAUCUACUAAUUUUGACAUAUGGGAAGCAUGAUGAAGUUCCAGUAAUGUUAAGUGUAUUGGCCUGUUAAUUCCAACCACUCUGGAAAAUGAUUAAUUUUUAUUGCUAGGAACAAAUAGUCUAAACGCAGUCCUACUGCGUGGUUCCCAAAGGAAUUAGUUUCAUGAGAAUUUAGAUGCUGUAUCAUACACACAUUCCAGGAAGCAAAACAAGAUAUGUUUCAGUAUAUUCAUCAGAUCUGUGAAACUGCUAAGCUGUAUGUAAAACUACUGAUAAUGUAUUGAAAUUUUCUGAGCAGCAGGACAUACCUACACAAAUGUUUUGAAGGGGCUGUAUUCUUUUUACUGAAAACACAACUCUUCAGAUAUAAAGAUUUGUUAUCUGUUUAUAUGGCAUGAAUGGGACUAAUCUCAUAAAAGAUUUGUCAUUUAAAAGUCAACUAUUCAGUUUAAACAACUGUUUUCGUACAGAGUGAGGUGGGUUCACUCUGUACCUUUGAGGAGAGACAUCAAUCUCCGGGGGAAGAUUCUUCCCAAGUAACUUAAACAACAAUUUUAAGAUGGAACAAAUCAUCUUUGGAAAAUGCAUCUCUAUUACUGCAGAGGCCUUCUAGACAAAUAUUUUUAGAGGGUUUUAAUUAGAAGUAUCCCACUUUCUGUUUGUAAUUCUGGUAACUAUUGUAUUACCGUUUUUUUUAAGAAGUGCACACUUAAUAGUUGCCAUGAAACAGUGAAAUACAUACUUUGCAUGAUAUAACGUUGUUGUAUUAAUCUUUCCUACUUUAUUAAGCUGACUAUCUGAACACCUUGGAUGGAUUCAUCUUGCCUAAAUUUAAACUUCUACAGUGUCUACUUCUAAGUUUCUUGAUCUAUUCUGUCUUUAGAGUCACAUAGAGAAGUUGACAUUUUUAGGAAGUGAUUCAACUGGUCAGAUUGUGAACAUCUAUUUUACUGUGAUGUUAACCAUGCUCUGAAUGUAAGUCUUACUUUCCAUGGUUUGCAAAGGAAUCUGGAGUGAAUUGUUCAGAUUUCUACAUUAUGCCAGAUAAACUCCUUCUUUUGAGACUACAGUGAAAGCAUUUUUUUUUCCCUUUUGGAUAGCGUAUGUGUAUUAUAGAAACUGAAAGAAGAGUUCAUGCUUUGUUACAAUACAUUUUCACAACACUCAAUAGUCACCUGCCUUAUUUGCCUAAAAUAAUAAAUAGUUCAGCAGUUUACUGGACAAACAAAGGUGUUGACUACUAGUUUCUGCCAUGAGAUGUUUCAGAUCAUGGUUAUUCAGAACUGAUUUUUCUCCCUAACAUCUCAGCUUGAAAGGACUUCUUGGAUAUGACCAUGACAGACUUAGAGUGCUCAGAGGCUGCUGGGCCUGAGCAAGAGCUUAGAAGGGUGAAAAGUGCCAAAGCCAUAGAUUAAUAUUAGACUGUUGAAUGGCUGUCCCAGCCAAACUUUCUCUCCUCAUCUGCACAUUCAGUAGUGGAGACAGGAGAUAUGGAUGUCUGUGUAAUUUAAACCAUUGGGCCUGCAGCUCAACAAUGAUGUAAUCUGUCUUGCUUAGCUUAAAGGAUGUUCAAACUGAUAUGCAAAGGACCCAUGAAACAGUAGAUAGUUUGUUUUAUUAAUUUUAUUAAAAUUCCUUAUUAAUUAAUGGUAGUAGCUUUAAUAAACCUGUUAUUGUAGACACCUUUGCUGGUGUGUGUCUCUUGCUGAUGACAUAUUCUAGCUAAACUAUACUUGUUAUUACCCUGUUCUUCACCAGGAGACAAUGAGACUUGCACAACAGGUGAAAUUUUAAUGUUGGGGUCACAAAUUUGGUCCUGUUCAGAGGCCAACAGUUAUUGCUAAGGCUCAGUUACAACGGAAGACGUUAGAUGUUCAUUUGAGUCAGCACAUUAGAAUCCAGGGCUUCCUAGUGUUUGAAGGGAUGAGAGAUUUUAGCUCACUCCACCAGAGACCAAGAGCAAACUCUGGAUCCAAGUAUCUGCUACUGAAAUGCUCACUGACAGGGAAUUAUCAAGAAGAAACAAUAAAUAAUAAUUCUGUGCUCAUCAAUUCAUCCUUGCUGAACAGCUCUGGUAAUUUUGCCAUGUGGUUUUUUGUUAUUUUUUAUUAUAUGUUGUAAGUUUGCUGAAAAGAAACACCGGUUUUAUGGUGCUUGAUAUUUACCAUAUAAAAGCUGGCAUGGCAGUACUCAUUAAAAAAAAUCAUAUUAACAUCUCAAUACCAACGUAUCAAAACUUAAUUGUUUUUUGUCCUUUUUGCAUAUCAUUAACAUGUGGUGUUUUAUUUCUCUUUGACUAGUGCUUCCAUGAAACAAUCCAAAUGAACAGUUUGCUGGCAGCUGUUUUAAUCAACGCGUUAUCUUCAAUAAUGCAUUAAAUUAGACUGAAAAGCUGUAUUGAGAGAUGAUGUACUAAAUUAUGUGGGGUUUUGUGAUUCAUCAGGCCCAUUUUUUCAGUGUGUAAUGGACACUUUACUUUACAAAGCUGGGACAUAGCUCCACAGGGGGGAGAAUCAAGCAGCAAGAGGAAAGGAGUGAAAUAAUGCAUAUAAUACAUAUUGAUGCAUUUAAAUAUGUAGAUGGCUUCAAAGCUACUGAUAUUUACAAGAACAAGGAAUGUCACAAGCACAGCUUUGCUGUAUUAAUAUAGUCUGUUGUAUCCUGUGUAGGUUCUUACAAAACACUCAGCCUGAGCAUCCCCUCCCCUGCAGUGCUUGACAUAAGGUGGCAAACAUCUGUAACAUUGUCUUCUCAUCCUCUUCCUCUUGAAAUAAACAUCUCUGUGAGUUUAACAAGACACUCCCUCCAUUACUUCAUAGAGCCUCCUUAGCUAGGCAUGUAAAGAACUGGUCAACAUCAAAGGGGCCUUGUAUUUAUUCAGUAGGUCA